AUGUCGUCGAUGCGCAACGCAGUCCAGAGGCGCAACCACAAGGAGCGCGCCCAACCGCUCGAACGCCAGAAAUGGGGUCUCUUGGAAAAGCACAAGGACUACUCCCUCCGAGCAAAAGACCACAAUGAAAAGAAACGCCGCCUCAAAGUCCUCCGCGAAAAGGUCGCUCAGCGCAAUCCGGACGAAUUCGCCUUUGGCAUGAUCUCGCGGACCACAAAAAAAGGAGUGCAGCAAUCGGUCAGAGGAAAAGACAAUGGCUCCCAGACACCCAUGAACAUGGAUGUGGUGAAGCUUCUCAAGACACAGGAUGCAGGAUACCUACAGACGGUGCUGCAACAGACGCGCCGUGCCAGGGAAAAGAUUGAGAGACAGGCGGUGUUGACGGCGACGGGUGUUGACGCGAGUGGUGUGAGCAAGAGGAAGGUGUUUGAUGACAAUGGCGAGGAGGUCGAGGAGAUCAGUGCACAGCAGUCGGACUUCGACGACGAUGAGGACAUGGAUCUGGAUCUCGACGACCUUGCAGACCUGGACGACCUUGAUGGACUCGACGAUUUGGACGGUAUCGGCGGAGAAGGCAGCGGCAGUGAGGACGGCAAGAGCGAGGAUGAGGACAGCGACACCAAGGGUCUUUCAAAAGAGGAGAUCAGGCAGCGACGGAAGAAGAGACGCGCUCAGGAAGUGCUGCAGAACCAACUCGGCGCCCUCAAAGACCGCGAGCGCGACCUGUCUGCCGCCCUGAGCCAACUCGAGCACCAACGGGCACGCAUGAACAACACCGUCGGAGGUGUCAACAAGGAGGGCGUCAAGUUCAAGGUCAGGGAGAGAAAGCGUUGA